AUGGUGUUCCUAAUGACGUCCUCAGGGGCUCCACUGCUGCUCCUGUUCAUACAGGCCACCACUGGUCAUAGCUCAGGUAACAUGGUUGAUGGUCAUUUGGUAUUAUGUGUUUCAGGUCCUUGUGUUUAAGAUCUGGGCAGAGUUCAAUUUCCAUCAUAGUAGUUGACAUUUUUUUUGAAGGUCUUGUUAGUCAUACAUAAUUAUGGUACAUGAUACUGUGGCUAGUAGCCUAUGCUUCAUCAGAGACUCUCUUUUGUCAGUUCGGUCAGAUGUCAACACCACCUCUCCAACACAGUUGUCGACACCACCGCUUACCACCCCACCCGGCAUAGCAGACACUAUGUUCUCAACAAUGACAUCCGAUACAACAUCAGCAAUAGCCAAUAGUCAAGUCAGAUUGGUCAACGGUCCUAACUCCUGCUCUGGGAGAGUGGAGGUCUACCACAGUGGUAGCUGGGGGACGGUGUGUGAUGACUCGUGGGACUUGAGUGACGCCCAGGUGGUGUGUAGACAGCUGGGCUGUGGGGAAGCUCUGUCUGCACCACCUGAAGCACGCUUCGGACAGGGGAACGGGACGAUCUGGCUGGAUGACGUUAUAUGUACAGGCAGCGAGCCUAAUCUCACAAUGUGCAGUCACAAUGGGUUUGGAUUACACAACUGUGGACAUCAUGAAGACGCUGGUGUCAUCUGUUCAGGUAGGAGUAUUGUUUUUUAAGCUUCUUUAUUAAUUAUUUUUCGAUCAACAACCUUAGUAAAGGUUUUUCUGGAUACAGGUAGAUCACCAUCCUGGUGUCUUAUGGUUUAAACCCCACAACAACUGAUUUCACAACCAUAAAUACGUCAAGACAAGCAAGCACACAUUUUCUUUAGGAAAUGUCCUAUUCUCGUUUAUGUAUUCAUUUUCCUCAUUUUUUAAAUGUUUAUUCUAUUUGGACCCAACCUCCACUUCUCCCCAUCCCUUUAUAACCCAACCUCCACUUCCCCCCAUCCCGUUUAACCCAACCUCCACUUCUCCCCAUCCCUUUUUAAACCCAACCUCCACUUCUCUCCCCAUCCCUUUAACCCAACCUCCACUUCUCCCCAUCCCUUUAUAACCCAACCUCCACUUCUCCCCAUCCCUUUAUAACCCAACCUCCACUUCUCCCCAUCCCUUUAUAACCCAACCUCCACUUCUCCCCAUCCCUUUAUAACCCAACCUCCACUUCUCCCCAUCCCUUUAUAACCCAACCUCCACUAGGGACUUUAUUAUUAUAAAAUUGUGUAAAGUAAGUUUGUACUGAAAUCCUGUCUUUAGCUCCAUCAGGUGGCAGUACCACCACAGCAGCACCACCUACCUACUGGAACACCACAACAGGAACAGCCCGACCAACCAACCAAACAACCACAUUGGCAGGUAACUCCACAGAACCAAUAACAGAGUGGCAAGAUCAAUCAAUCAAUCAAUCCAAUUUAUUUAUAAAGCCCUUUUUACAUCAGCAGACAUCACAAAGUACUAUACAGAAAGCCAGCCUAAAACCCCAAACAGCAAUGCAGAUGUAGAAUCACACCCAGAUGCUUGCCCUGUCCAAAUACCUAUACUAGCGUACUACAUACUUAAACUGCAUACUAUGUACUCAUCGUUGCAUACUCUUUAGCACGUACCAUUUAAUAAGAAGUAUGCAGUGUGCAGUAUGCUACAGCCGCAACGCAGUAGAUGCUCCUGACUGGCUGCGUAGAUGGGGCGGGGCCGAGUGCAGGUGAAGUUUUCCAAAUUCAACAGACAUGCAUCGCAUUAACCAGCCUGAUAAUGGCUCAUUUCCAAUUUGUUUAAUUUAUCUAAACUCUGAAUAGAAUAGGAAUGGAGUUAUAGGCCUACUAAGGCGGGUAUAGGCAGACUAUCACAUUCAACCUAUACCAUAGCCCACAUAGUCCAUCUAUCAUAUUUAAAAAGGACUGAAGACAGAAAAAUAUAAUUUGGUUCCAUUUCAACAUAUCAUUAGUGAAACCAAAGUGUUAUAAUAAUAAUAAUAAUAAUAAUAAUAAUAUGCCAUUUAGCAGACGCUUUUAUCCAAAGCGACUUACAGUCAUGUGUGCAUACAUUUUUACGUAUGGGUGGUCCUGGGGAUCGAACCCACUACCCUGGCGUUACAAGCGCCAUGCUCUACCAAUUGAGCUACAUAUAUAUAUAUAAUUUAAAUCAAAUAGCGUAGUACACAGUGGCGUGUAUUCAUGGAUGCCAAGGGAAGCCAGGCUCCCAAAGAAAUUGCCAAAUAAAAGAUUUAACAUAAACAUUAUUUUGUCUUUCGUCUCUCUGUGUUUCAUACAUUUCCUUCAAUUCUCAAGAGGCUUUAUGUAUCUCACUGGAUAAAGCAUCCGAGCGAACGAAACAGUGCCCCUCUGUCUCAGUAUGCGUAGCGUAUCUAUCUGGUGCCGUCUGGUCAGAAAGAGUAUGACAUUGUUGCUGCCCUGCAUUGUCUUGGCUGUGUGCUUAGUGUUUUUGUCCUGUUGGAAGAUUAACCUUCGCCCCAGUCUGAGGUCCUGAGCGCUUUGGAGCAGGUUUUCAUCAAGGAUCUCCCUGUACUUUGCUCCGUUCAUCUUUCCCUCGAUCCUGACUAGUCUCCCAGUCCCUGCCACUGAAAAACAUGCCACCACCAUGCUUCACCGUAGGGAUGGUGCCAGGUUUCCUCCAGACGUAACGCUUGGCAUUCAGGCCAAAGAGUUUAAUCUUGGUUUCAUCAGACCAGAGAAUCUUGUUUCUCAUGGUCUGAGAGUCCUUUAGGUGCCCUUUGGCAAAUCCAAGGGGGCUGUCAUGUGCCUUUUACUGAGGAGUGGCUUCCGUCUGGCCACUCUACCAUAAAGGCCUAAUUGGUGGAGUACUGCAGAAAUGGUUGUCCUUCUGGUAGGUUCUCCCAUCUCCACAGAGGAACUCUGUGUGCCAAGCUUGUAGCGUCAUACGUAAGAAGACUCAAGGCUGUAAUCGCUGCCAAAGGUGCUUCAGCAGAGUACUGAGUAAAGGGUCUGAAUACUUAUGUAAAUGUGAUACUUCCGGGUUUUUUAUUUUAUAAAUUUGAUAACAUUUCACAAAAACAGUUUUUGCUUUAUCAUUAUGGGGUAUUGCGUGUGAAUUGAUGAGGGGGAAGAAGUAUUUAAUCAAUUUUCGAAUAAGGAUGUAACGUAACAAAAUGUGGAAAAAGUCAAGGGGUAUGAAUACUUUCCGAAUGCAGUGUGUGUAUAUAUAUAUAUAUAUAUAUAUAUAUAUAUAUAUAUAUAUAUAUAUAUAUAUAUAUAUAUAUCCUGAGCUUUCUUAGAUCUCCUAGAUAUGGGACAGACACUUCAAAACCUUAUUCCUUAUGAUUUAUUUUUUUACUGUCUUUUUUUUUGCCAUUUAUGAAUGUGUUAUUCAAUGUGUUUCUAUGGGUUAUAGUAUUAAAAGCCUAAUUCAAUAUUUAAUCAAAUUAUUAUUUUAUUUUAAAAAAUUAUACCUAAAAAUAAAUAAAAUAGUAAAAUGACCAUCUUAAAACAAUUCCAUAUGACAGCUUAGAACAAUUUGUUGGGCUUUCCUCUGACACCGCCUGACAUAGAGGUCCUGGAUGGCCGGGAGCUCGGCCUCUGUGAUGUACUGGGCUGUCCGUACCACCCUCUGUAGCGCUUUGCGGUCAAGGGCGGUGCAUUUCCCAUACCAAGUGGUGAUGCAGCCAGUCAAGAUGCUCUCGAUGGUGCAGCUGUAGAACAUUUUGAAAAGUGUGCAUCGAAUUCUACUAGAUGAACAGCCGAAAUCAGUAUAAUGUCCUGGCAUUUAAACCAUACUCGAUUUUUGAAAAUUCACAUAAUAUACAACAUUUUAUUUUUGAAUACUGAGAAUGCAUCAUGCGCGAUUGCAUUGUUUCCCGCUAUUCGUUGAUUUCGGUGGCGCAUCCCCGAAUUGAUCAGCUGUUGUCAAAGCCGAACUUAGCAUGACAUCCGGGCAUUUAAAAUAUACUUGAUUUUUGAAAUGUUGCAUACUAUUAAACUUUUUUUUUUGCAUACUCAAACGGACUACUAUUUAGGACGCAAGCAUGGGUAUUCGGACACAGACAUUUAGUUUUUUUGCAUUCCAUCCUUUUUAUCUGUAGAAAGUUGUAACUUGACUGAAGGGAAUUCAUUUCUUUGUCAGAUGCCCCGAUCAGAUUGGUCAACGGUCCUAACUCCUGCUCUGGGAGAGUGGAGGUGUACCACAGUGGUAGCUGGGGGACGGUGUGUGAUGACUCGUGGGACUUGAGUGACGCCCAGGUGGUGUGUAGACAGCUGGGCUGUGGGGAAGCUCUGUCUGCACCACCUGAAGCCCGCUUCGGACAGGGGAACGGGACGAUCUGGCUCGAUGACGUUAUAUGUACAGGCAGCGAAUCUAAUCUCACAAGGUGCAGUCACAAUGGGUUUGGAUUACACAACUGUGGACAUCAUGAAGACGCUGGUGUCAUCUGUUCA